AUGCAUAAUUAAUAAUUUUGUGAGGGAAGGAAAAUUGACUUGGGAUGGUUGACAGAUGCAGUGAAUGAUUAUUAACCACUUCUUAUAAAAUCAUUUAGAUAAUAAUUUAAAGAGGAAUUAUAGAAUUUGGCAAAUAAGGAACUGAUUACAGAUGAGAUGAUUAUGAGUCUUUGUUUAAGUGUUGAUUAAAAGAAGGAGGAAUUGAUAAUGUAAAAGAAGAGUAGUGUAACAGGUGGUUAUUUGGAUAGAUUAGUGAGAUUUGAUAAGCAUAUACUAUAGUAACUUAAGGAUCAUAAACCUGUUAAAUCAUUCCCACUUUAUUAAAGAGUGUUUGUUGAAACCAAAGCAGCUGAUUAAAAGACUUGGUUCAACAAAAAUGGUGAUAUGGCAAGAUUACUUUUGGAAUUUGAAAAAGGACAUACUGGAGUUUAUAUAUACAGAAAAGAUAAAAAUUAAGCAAUAAAAUGGUAAAGAUAUUUGAUAAUUGAAAAAUUAUUAUAAGUAAAACCAACAUUAGUAGUUAGAUGUUUUGAAUAUUGUUAUAAAGAAUAUGAAUAUAAAUUUACAUUUACUUGGACAUUAAAAUAUGCUUAACUUCUAGGAACUUAUACAACAUAAAUGAAUCAAAUGAAAAAGUAAAAAGCUAAAUUAGAUGAAAACUUUUUGAUUUCAUUAGAUAGAUAAGUUAUGAAUUAUCAUAUAAAAAAAUGGUAAGCAAAAAGUGAUAAAUAAUAUAAAGAAGAAUAGGAUUAUAAAGAGAAAUUAAAAUAAUUAUCAUUAAAAGAAUAAGAAUAAUUAAAAGCUACUGAAUAAUAGAGAGAAUUAGAGAGAUUAGCAAAAGAAAAGAGAAGAUUAGAAUUAUUAAAUUAAAUGGUCACUUAUUUAAAACCCAAGAAUUAUGAAAUGAAACGAUUUUAUAAAUAUUGGUAAGAUAGAGCAAUUCAUAUUCAUCAUAAUAAUCCAUAGAAAUUUAUUAUAUCAUUUGUUAGUAUGUAUAUGUAAAGUAAUACAUAAUUGAUAAGACCUUAAUUAGAAGUAAGAUUUGUUUCUGAAGUAUCUUUAUAAAACAAUUAUUAUAGAGGACAGAGAAUACUAGAGAUAUAGAAAAUUCUAAACUAUUAGAUGGUUUACAAUAUCAUAUAGAAUAAAAUCCUUAUUAUACAAAACGUUUACUUACUUAAAUGAGUCAAUAAAGAAGAAGAGAUUUUACAACUUGGAUUUUCAAAGAUGGAUUACUUGGAACAUGUGGAAAUACAUCAAUUACAGUAGAGAAUUUUGGGUUUAAAGAUUUUCUAGACCUUUAAGUUAUAGAUACUAUCAGUACUUAUUCAUUAUCAAUAAAUAAGAAACUAAUACAGCUUCAAAAGUUCUUAGAAUAUAAUUAUAGGAUUUGUUUCAAUUUCUCUAUGAAGGUAGAUCAUUUUGGGUACAAUUGGAAUUUGGACCUUCUAAAAUCUAUGUAGAAAUAGAUGUAUUGGAACAUUCAAAUUUAGAUCCUAUAUUUUUAGAUAGACUGAAAUAUAUAUAAUUGAAUGGCAUUCUCAGAAAAAUAAUUGUAAAGAUAAUUGAUUAAAGAACUCCUGUAAUAUAUAUAUAUAUCAAAUUUAUCUAAGAUUCCAAUUGUUGAAACUGUGAGAUUUAGUCUUGAAGUUGAUAAAUAUAGUUAAGAAAUUUAAAAUCUUUAUUAGAGAUUUUAUAUUGAAAACAUUUGUUUAUAACCAUAAUGUAUACCUACAGCUUGGUUUUCUUUGUUGGAUGGAAUGGAUAGAGUAGUUAAACCUAUCACAGAUAUACUUAAAAGAAAGACCUAAGAAUAUGUAGAUACUGGAGAAAAUGUACUAAUUUAUAAAUAAUUAAAAUAAACUCAAAAUUUAGAUCUACCUUUAGAAAAAGAUAUUAAUGAUUUUAUAAGUAGAUUACCUGUUAAUUAAGCAAAUUAACAUAAAUAAUUCUAAGGUAUGUUAUAAACAUUUUUAAUUUAUUGCAAUCUUAGAGGAAUCUAAUUGAAUGUAUCAAUACUAAAUAAUUUAUUUACAAUAGCAAGUAAAUUUAUAUGCAUUACUCAUUGUCACUUUUUCUAUAAAUUAUCAAAUCCUGUAUUUGGUAAUUUAUUUGAUUCAGAAGCUUAAGCAUUUUGGCUUUUUGUCUCUUUCUUAGACUUAAUGAGAAAUAUUCAUUAUCCAUUAACAAAAGAUGAUUAAGUUUUUUGUCCUUAAGAAAUAGUAAUUUAAUAUUUAGAAUUUCAACAUACAAAUUUAAUUAAACAUUGUAAAGUUUAUGAUAUUGCUAUUGAUAAUAUCAUAUAUGAUAUUCUUUGUUGUUUUUACACUAAUAUUGUUUAAUCUCUACCUUUAUAUAAUAUUUGGAGCUUAAUCAUAAGAAAAACAUCUACAAAUAAGAAUGUCUAUCUUAUAGUAUUGAUUGUAUUAAUUGAGGAAUUAGGAGAGAAAUUAUUACUUUGUUAAAACACAGAGGAUUUUAAGAAUGCUAUUUCUUUAAAAGGUAUAAUAAUUGUUAUUUAUUAUAGCUUAACUUAUGGAUAUUCUAUAAUUAGAAGCAGCUUAUUCAAAUUGUGAAUCAACUUUGAAUAGAAUUAUAAAUUCAGAACAAUCCUUUCAUUAAUCAAUUGAACAUACAAAUAUCCAUAGACCAUUAAUAUAAGAUUAAUGA